AAACUUUCUCAUUCACCAAAGAUAAUUUUUAUGCACUCGUUGACUUGAUUACUGACUUUCUACAUCAUUCAAACUCAAGUGUUUGCCAGUAACCGUAGAAGUAUGUCAAGAAACAGCCAGAUGAUAACAAACCGUAUAUCUUAUUGAAAGUAUUUCAAUCAAUUUACGAAAUAAAGAGAAAAAAAAAACAAUCAAAUUAGAAAGAAAAUGGAAUUUAAAAAUUGCGAAAGUCAAAAACUUGAAUUAGAUCAAGCAUGUGUUGUGUUUAUAAAUAAAAACAGUGAUUUUAAUUCUUGGAUUUACGCUUUAGCAUCUGAUUGCGUUUUGUGUCCAUUUCGAAAAAUCGCUUAUCUCAAAAAUGACCAAAACACAAGUAUUAUAUUUAAUAGUCAGAAAUCAUGGAUUUGGUGGAUAAUUAAUGGAACUAAUUCCCCAGAUUAUAAAUCUCCAAUAGAUAAGAGUGAUGUAAAAUGUGAAAUAAAAGCCAAGUUAGGAGAAUAUGGAAUUUAUCAAGUAUUAUAUGAUAGCACAUGUAAUUUAAAAACAAUUAAACAACCAUCGAAUUCGUAUAUACCCUUGGUUAUCCUUAUUGGAGUUCUUGUGUUGUUUUUUUCUUUAAUAUCGUUGGGAAAAAUAAUUUUUAAGCGUUGGAGGAAAAAUUUAUCAUCCAAAAAUGAUAUUGAAGUGAUAGAAAAACCAUCAAAGAAGCGAAUUCAAUCAGUUGAUACAUUUCGAGGAAUGAGCAUCCUAACAAUGAUUUUUGUGAAUAAUGGUGCUGGUGGCUAUGAAAUACUAGAACAUGCAACUUGGAAUGGACUUUAUGUUGGAGAUUUAGUCUUUCCUUGUUUUCUGUGGAUAAUGGGAGUGUGUAUACCAAUUGCACUUAAUUCACAGUUAUCUAGAGGAGUUUCAAAAUUAUCAAUUAUUAAAAAUAUAAUUAAACGAAGCUGUAUUCUUUUCUUUCUUGGUCUUUGUCUCAACACGUUAGGAACUGAUUCAAAUUUAGAACACAUACGAAUUUUUGGUGUUUUACAAAGAUUUGGAGUUGCUUAUUUAAUUGUUGCAUUGUCUUAUACUUUGCUGAAUUCUCGAAUAUCAACCAAAUUUGAGCACGGAGUCUUUUCUUAUCUGAAUGACAUUAUUUCACUUUUAUCUCAAUGGAUAUUCAUAAUUUGUAUUCUUAUUGUGCAUUGUGUUAUCACAUUUUGUUUAAAAGUUCCUGGAUGUCCAACGGGUUAUUUAGGACCUGGAGGAUUACAUGAAGAAGGAAAAUAUUUUAAUUGCACAGGAGGAUCCGCAGGAUAUAUUGAUCGAUUGAUUUUAGGUAAUAAUCAUCUUUAUCAAUAUUCAUCAAUUAGCUCUGUUUAUCAGGCAGGACCAUUUGAUCCUGAAGGGAUCCUUGGAUGUUUUACAACGAUUAUUCAAGCAUUUCUUGGAGUCCAAGCAGGAACGAUACUUCGUGUCUAUAAAGAUUGGCGAAGCAGAACUAUGCGUUGGUUAAUUUUAGCUGUCAUUUAUGCUUGUAUUGGAGUAAUACUACAUUUUAGCAGUUAUGUUCCAGUCAAUAAAAAUUUAUGGUCAAUUUCUUUUGUGUUUAUAACAACAUCUUUCGCGUUAGCAGUUUUUACUGCAUGCUACCUAUUAAUAGAUGUUGUUCAACUAUGGAACGGUGGACCAUUUCGCAUACCAGGAAUGAACGCUUUAGUAAUGUAUAUUGGUCAUCAAAUGUGUUAUCAAAUAUUUCCAUUCCAUUGGAAAUAUGGUUUAAUGAAUUCACAUACAUGGAAGACAAUUGCAGCUUUGUGGGAUACUGGUUGCUGGACUGUAAUUGCUUAUGUUCUACAUCAUAAACGAAUAUAUGUCAGUUUAUAAUUACAUGGAAUUUUUUCGAUUAUCUAUUCAAUCAAUAGACUGAAAAUUCACAAUUAUAAUUUCUAUAAUUAUUUUAUUCUUUCAUAGUUUAUAUAAAUUUUUAAUUAUUGAGUAAUUGAUAAAAUUUUGAAUAUAUCGAAUUAUUUAUCAACGAAUCAUUAGUAUAAAAAAGAGCAUAAAAUUGAAGCUUCAUAAAUAAUUUAUUUUA